CCCUCUGCUCCUCCGCUGCUGGGUCGGCGAUCAUGAAGCGCCUCUUCUCCAAGACGUUCAGGGCCAAUCCUCUCGCCUCCAGUGUAGUCCCAGCAGUAGGAGCCAGCCCAGCGACGACAAAUCCUCCAGUGCAUCACACAGGCUUGCGGCCCAAGGAUACCCUACCCCCCGUACCUCAUCCAUGUCCGUACGAGUAUAUAUCUGUGGUCGCCACAGAGGAAGGUUUGCUGCUGCGCCCUCGCCAAUCGGGGCAGUCGCAGGACUUAGCUGAGGAGGAAGUAAAGGUCGGGUGGGGAAAAGGGGGGAAGGUCGAGACAGUCAUUGGGGGGACUGUAGAGGCUGCUUGGGAAGAGAGCGCAGUGGUAUAUGGCAUCAUUGGAUUUUUGGAGCUAUACUCAGCAUCUUACCUCCUGGUUAUUUCUUCGAGGAAUGUGGUCGGUCCCUUCCUUGACCCGCGACACACUGUCUACAGUGUGAAGGGAGUUACUGCAAUACCGCUGGUGGAAGACCGCGCGCGUACCGUUCUCCUUGCUCUUGCGUCUCGCAACCAGAACGACCGCCGAACAUCUUUGCUGCCGACAGCGCUCGCAAGAAAGGAAGCUGCGGCUGAACCGGGAGAAGAUGUCGCUGCGGCUGGUACGGAGGAUGCGGACGCUGAGGGAAAGAGAUCACUCCACGUCAAAUUCGCCGAUCAGCAUGAGGUGAAGGUUGUAUCGCCGCGGCCUGGUCAAGGGUUUGAUCUCCCCGAGGACAGGAGCCCGCCUUCCCCCUCUUCCUCCACAGCAUCAACUCCUUCGUCUAUACAGUCGAUCACGAAUACGGACACUGUCGUCAAGACGCUCGCUGAGCGUUUGUCCUUCUGGACCAGAAUAUCAAAGCGAAAUUCGAGGCAAGCUUUCACAAUUGAUCACGCCCUGGUUGAACAGCCCGAUGGUGCUGGGCUGGACCCUGACGAGCUUGAGACCCUCGUCCGGGACGAGACGAAGGACCCCGAGGAGGUCAUUGAGUCGAUUGUCUCAUCAGCUGCUCCGCCCCCUCAGACAACCGCGGAGAAGCACUCAGAGCUCGAAGACAAGAUUGUUCGUGAAUGUGUCCGCGAAUAUACGCGAGGUGGCAUGUACUUCGCGUAUACGUUCGGUGAUAAUCUUUUGGCCUGCAUGCGCGAUGUAACUCACCAUCUCUUGUGGACAGACAUAACACGAUCGCUGCAACACAAGCAUGAACUGCUAGCAAGAGCGCAAGCCCAGGACGUGUUGAAACAGACCCUCCACAUCUUGGAGGAGACAAGGCGUCAAAGUCCUACCGACGACAAGGUGGACGUGCUCGUGGAACCAGCUGCUGCUUUGCCCCUGUGGCGUAGAGUCGACCGUCGAUUCUGGUGGAACGAAUGGCUUUCGAAGCCUCUGAUCGACGCAGGGCUACACCCAUUCGUCUUACCCAUCAUGCAGGGGUUCUUCCAGGUGUCGACCUUCCGUAUCCUGCGAGAGCCUGUCGCAUCCGAAGAAGGCGACAGCGUUGUCGUUGAGUAUAACGUCAUCUCACGACGUUCGAGGGACCGGGCUGGACUUCGAUACCAACGUCGAGGCAUCGACGACGACGCCAAUGUAGCUAACUUCGUUGAAACGGAGACCGUGAUGCGUGUUGAGCGUGAAGGCAUCUCGAAUGUAUUCAGUCACGUUCAAGUCCGAGGCUCGAUUCCUUUGUAUUGGAAUCAACAGGGCAUGGCUUUGAAGCCUGCUCCGCAACUAAGCCCUGAGCGGACCCAUGAUCAGAACUUGCAUGCCAUCCAGCAGCAUUUGAAUAAGGUGGUUACGGACUACGGACCUUUGACCAUCAUCAACCUCGCGGAACAGCAUGGCAAGGAAGCGCAAGUGACAAACGCCUACGGGGACUAUGUGAAGGAGCUUGACACGGAUGAUAUAAGGUACUACGCUUACGAUUUCCAUGCGGAGACGAAAGGCAUGAAGUACGAGAAAAUCUCAAACCUCAUCGAAACCGUGGAGCGCGUCUUCGAGAGUCAAGGCUACUUUUGGAUAUCGAACAAUCACAUCAUGUCCCAACAGAAGGGUGUAUUCCGAGUGAACUGUAUAGACUCGCUGGACCGCACCAACGUCGUUGAGUCGGCCUUCGCACGCCAUGUGCUAAACAGGCAGCUUGGUGCUGUUGCGCUGCUGAACCAGGAAGAACGGCGAACCGAGAUGGACACCGUAUUCAACGAUGUUUGGGCGAACAACGGCGAUGCCAUCAGUCGUGCAUACGCUGGCACGUCGGCGCUCAAGGGUGAUUUCACAAGGACAGGAAAGCGCGACCUCGCUGGACUCCUCAAUGAUGGGGUCAACUCACUAUCGCGGAUGUACACGUCAACUUUUGCGGACUGGUUCAGCCAAGCCGUCAUCGACUUUAUGUUGGGAAAUCGGACUACCUCCGUUUUUGCGGAGUUCCUUCUGAAGCUCCAGUCGACGGAUCCCCGGGACCUUAUUCGCAUCACGAAGAUCCGCGCGGAUGCCAUCGCAACAUGCGUCUCUCGCGUGCUGCCAGAAGGGGAGCGGCUCCUUUCCGGAUGGACAUUGUUCGCUCCGGAAGAGUUAAACACGAAGGUGGGAGACAAGUUUGAGGAGAAAGUAAUGCUUCUGAGUGCGAAGGCUCUAUAUAUUAUUAGUUAUGACUAUACCCUUGAGAAAGUCAAAAUGUAUACCCGUGUCCCUCUUGGGGAUAUUGCAGGAAUCACCAAAGGCGCUUACAUCCUAUCGCCGUUGGAGGAGGCCAGUCGAGACCCGCUACAGAACGCAGGCUUCGUUGUGUCCUGGCAUAAUACACAAGCCCAGGACACUCGUGUAACCAGUUAUUCUAUUCGCAACAGCCUUGACCUUUCGACACCCCCCACCUCUCCGACCACAGCAACCUCACCCAGGCUGUCCUUAACAGCACCGCGCAAGAGCACGCUGCCACUCUCUCGGAUUUUAUCGGACGCGGCUGCUCCCGUCGCGGGACAGGAGACGAUCUUCGCUGCUUUCAAGGCGUUGCCCGUAGACCCCGCACGUUCGCGGAGGGAAAACGGAAGCUUCAUUCAAUCUCAGGAUGAGCUAUCCAAUGCAAAGAAUUGCAAGGAAGCGGUGGACAUGAUCGUGGAGGCCAUCCGACAGGCGUGCCAUGACAUAGGGAACGAACAUCGAGACUUCAUUUCGGAAGGCGACGUUGUGAGCCUGGCUGAGGCGCAAAGGAUGACGAGCGUGUACGCGAAGAUGGAGUACGGUGUGAAGCGGUUGCUCUGGUUAGGUAGCUGAUUGGACUGUCGAUGUUUUCGAAUGUAUUUCAUAAUGUGGACUGUGCAUGUAUAUUCGCGGCCAGCUUGCGUGUGUCGAUUGCGCAUGUCCGUCGUGGUAUAAGCAUGUAGCGGGCAUUUACCGUUACGACAUAAUGCAUUGAAG